AAAUAAAAAUCAAACGAAUAAAAACUUGAUAAAUAGCAUUUGUCUCACGCUCACAACCCUCCCUCUCCUGCGUUUGAUGAUCCUCCUGUUAUCAUCGCCACGAUAAUCUCAAUUUUCCCUCGCCCUUCUCAACCCUCGCUCUCGCUCUUCCCUUCCUGGUGGUGGUGAAGAUGUCAACUCCUGCUAGGAAGAGGCUGAUGAGAGAUUUCAAGAGGCUGCAGCAAGACCCGCCUGCAGGAAUCAGUGGUGCCCCACAGGAUAACAACAUCAUGUUGUGGAAUGCUGUCAUAUUUGGUCCUGAUGAUACUCCAUGGGAUGGAGGUACGUUCAAGUUGACUCUCCAAUUUAGUGAGGAUUAUCCAAAUAAACCACCAACUGUACGAUUUGUGUCUCGAAUGUUUCAUCCUAAUAUUUACGCAGAUGGAAGUAUUUGUUUGGAUAUAUUACAAAAUCAGUGGAGUCCUAUAUAUGAUGUAGCUGCUAUACUCACAUCUAUCCAGUCAUUGCUUUGUGAUCCCAACCCAAACUCUCCUGCAAACUCCGAAGCAGCUCGAAUGUUUAGUGAGAACAAGCGUGAGUACAACCGCAGAGUGAGGGAAAUUGUGGAGCAGAGUUGGACAGCAGACUAAGUUCAUCCUCAUAUGCACGUGGGUGCAUCGAAGGUGUGAAUUAGGUUGCGGUAGCACCUUCAAGAAUCAUUGUGCAAAAACUUAUCAAAUUUAUAUUACUUGCUGAUCUGAAUGAUAGGAUAAUAUAUCUUUGAUAUUGUAGUAGUGUUUGAAUUCCAAAUGUCAGUUCAUGUAAAAUAGAAUUGUGUGUCAAUUUAUUUUGGAUUGUUGUCAACAAUAUAAAUUUGUAGUUUGCCGAAUUGGUUAUGAUCACAAGGAUUUGUUAAA